UCGGGACACAAGACAGAGGAGUUUUGACGAGAAGUCGCAAAGGAAUAUAUUUCUACUUAGUUUGACUAUUUUUGACUUUCAUUGAGAGGAAUAUUGAAGAAAAGACACACAGACAGAUGGGGACCUCUCGGUUCGCCGUUUUGGGCAUUUUAAUGUUCGUUUUUCAGGCCUCAGCUUUAGUUACUGCUGAGGAGCCAACAUGUGCACCUGGAUUCGAGUCAGAAAUGUUGAUUUUCAAAGUGACCAGAAAGCAUCUGAGGCAGGGCACAAGACUGGGUAAAGUGGGCUUCACUGACUGCACAGACCGCACAAGAUUCCUUUUCAGCAGUGAUGACAGCCGUUUCAUGGUACAGACAGAUGGCAUGUUGACGGUAAAGAGACAGAUAGUUCUUCAUGAAGGACACCAGGACUUCUUCAUCCACUCCUGGGAUUCACAAGGUCGCAACAUGACUGUUCCAGUCAAGGUAUUGCACCAUGGGCAUCAGCAUGGGGACCACCACGGGGACCACCAUGGGGACCACCACCGGGACCACAGACACCAUAACCAUCAGCACCACCAUACUGAAGUGGACUCUGCUAAUAACACAGAGAGUGCAACCAAUCCACCAGUACCUGUUCUGCAUUUCCCCAAGUCUGCUGAUGGGCUGAGGAGAAGGAAGAGAGACUGGGUCAUUCCUCCCAUCAGUGUUCCUGAGAAUAACAGAGGACCCUUUCCAAGUCAUGUAGUUCAAAUCCGUUCCAGUGAAGAUAAAAUAAAGAAGAUCUAUUACAGCAUCACUGGUCCAGGAGCUGAUCAGGAUCCUGUUGGCCUUUUCACCAUGGACAGAAACACUGGUAUUCUCUAUGUCACACAGCCACUGGACAGAGAGAAGGUGGCCAGGUACAUGCUACAAGCGCAUGCUGUGGCAGAUGUUUCAGGAAAUGCUGAGGAUCCUAUGGAUAUUAUAGUGAAUGUAAUUGACCAGAACGACAACAGGCCUGUAUUCACUCAAGAUACCUUCCUGGGAACCGUUCCUGAGGCGUCAGCCAGAGAUUUUAAGGUGAUCACGGUCACAGCCACCGAUGCUGACGAGCCAAAUAAUGACAACUCAGAUAUCCGCUACCGUAUUAUAAGCCAGGAGCCGCAGCUGCCCAGUAACAACCUGUUUGAAAUCAACCUAGUGACUGGAGCCAUCAGAGUCAGUGCUGGUGGGCUUGACAGAGAGAAAUACCCAAAGUACACUCUGGUUGUACGGGCAGCAGACACACAGGGAGAAGGGUUGUCUGCAGAGGCCAAAGUAAUCCUCACUGUAACAGAUAGCAAUGACAACGCCCCUGUUUUCACUCAAUCCUCUUUUGAGGCAACAGUAGAGGAAAAUAAAGUGGGCGUGCUGGUCGCUACGUUGUCAGUAACCGACGGCGAUGAGCCACAUUCCACAUCCUGGAACGCCAAGUUCAAGAUUGUUGAUGGUGAUCCUGGAGGACUGUUCAACGUGACAACAGGAAGUAACAAACAAGAGGGACUCGUUGCUACUGUCAAGGGUCUCGACUUUGAAAGGAGCACCACGCACACUCUGCUGGUUGCAGUGGAGAAUGAGGUUCCUUUUGCUACUCUGCUGCCCACUGCCACCGCUACGGUGGUGGUGCGUGUGCAGGAUGUCAAUGAAGCUCCAAUCUUUGAUCCAAUACAGAAGAUUGUUUCAAAACCGGAGAACCUUGCCGUGGACAGUGACGUGGUCCAGUACACUGCUUCUGACCCAGACACUGCACGCAAACAGACAGUCCAGUAUAGAAUAAUUAGUGACCCAGCUGGCUGGCUGCAGGUGAAGGAGAAGGGCCUGAUUAAGUUGAGAAGCAGCAUGGACAGGGAGUCCCAUUUCGUGAAGGACGACAGUUACACAGCACUCAUUGGUGCAGUUGACAGUGAUGAGAUCCCAGCCACAGGAACUGGUACUCUAAUCAUUCAACUUGAAGACGUCAAUGACAAUGCACCCGUCAUCGUGGACCGUGCAAUCUCGGUGUGUAACAAGGAACCAGCUCCUCAGGUGCUUUCAGUAACCGAUAAAGAUGGACCAGGCUUUGGUGCUCCAUACAGCGUCACUUUACACAGCGAUUCGAAGACCAACUGGACCGCUGCGAUGAAUGGGACCAAAAACGGCAUCAUCCUAAAUUUAGCCACUGAGCUGCCCAGUGGAGAGUACACUGUGGUCCUGAGAGUUGCAGACACCGGGGGAGAGUCGCAGGAUAGCACCGUCCUGGCCAGAGUAUGUGACUGCACCGGGAAUGAAGUGGUGUGCAAUGGGCGUGUUGCAAGUGUCACUGACCUGCCUGUAAUCUUGGGAAUACUGGGAGGCAUCCUGCUGCUGCUCAUGCUGGUGCUGCUGCUGCUGAUGUUCGCGAGAAGGAGAAAAGAAGGACAACGACAUUGGAGCCACUACUAGCAACAGCCCUCUCCA